UGGUCUGUCGGGAAUUCAGAGUGGCUGGGACUGGAAAAAAAUAUCUGCUCUGCUAACGAUAGCGUCCGCUGAGCUAACGGUAGGUAGCACUGGAGUAAACAUGGAGCUGUCUGCUGUCGGGGAGAGGGUGUUCGCUGCCGAGUCUAUCAUCAAACGGAGGAUAAGGAAGGGUCGGAUUGAAUACCUUGUGAAAUGGAAGGGUUGGUCUCCCAAAUACAGCACGUGGGAACCGGAGGAUAAUAUUCUGGACUCGCGCCUGUUUUUUGCUUUUGAAGAGAGGGAGCGUGAAAGAGAGCUCUACGGGCCCAAAAAGAGAGGACCAAAACCCAAGACGUUCCUGCUCAAGGCUCAGGCUAAAAUCAAGGCCAAGUCCUAUGAGUUCCGGGGAGACGCAGUCCGAGGAAUGCACAUCACCUACCCAACCCCAGAGCCGGUCGUCACUCCCAGGGCCAGAGAGGGCCUGAGAGCAGUUGUUCCCACCAUCUUCCCACCCAGCACGGUCAACCGGGGAGAAAGCAUGCGCAUCCAUCCACCAGAGCUGAGCACUCGCGAGUACCAGCAGCCCUCCCUUCAGAUAAGUGGUCCAGGCGAACUCAUCCACCUUCCCAAAAAAAGAGGCCCUAAGCCUAAACCCCGCUUCAAGGACGGUAGCUGCAGCCCUGCGAUCUUUGAACCCCACAAGAGGAGAGCUGAGGAGCAGGGUAGCCACGUCCCGCAUAAACUGACUAAACUCCAGGGGGGCCAAGAGAUGAGGCUGAUCAAAGUGGCCCACAGACAUCCAGAAAUACACAGCCAUAAACGCCACCAUCACCACCAUCAUCAUCAUCACCACUCUAACAACCGGGGGCUUUCCGGGGGAAGCUCCUUCAACCAGCUCUACUCAGAGCGCAGCCUGCACCCCCACAGAACAGACUCGCACAGGACUAAGGACAGCUCCAGCCACCUGGCUCCUGUAACCUUCAAGCACCAGUCCAGAAUGAGCCCGAGCCUGGGCCGCCCCGUGGAGCCUCCCCAGAUGGAGAAGCCUUACUUCAUGGACAGGCCGUCCCCAACCAGACUCGACUUGGACGUGGACUUGGAUGAAGUGACGUGGAGGCCCUCCGUUGGCAACGUGGAGAAGGUCAUGGUGACGGAUGUGACUACCAACUUCCUGACCGUCACCAUCAAGGAGAGCAGCACUACGAAAGGCUUCUUCAAAGACAAAAGAUGAUGGAUUUGUUCCACGCUUUGUUUAGCAUCAGAAUCCUCCUGAAGGUCCUAUGACAUAGUGUGAAUAUUAUGCAACGCCCUUUUUGUAUGUAUUGUAAAAAAGCUAAUUACUUAAUGUGCAUAUGUGUAUAUAUUACAAAUUUGAAGAUCUGUUUUUUGAAUUGACCAAAUCAAAUGAAGUCUAUUUCACAUCUUGCAUUGGUUAACAUGAAUGAGUUGAGUGUUGCCUUUGCAGCUGGCUACUUAUGUACAGAGCUUCUGAAUGUCACUAUUUUUAAUUGUUAGUAACUAGAAUGUAUUUGUUUGAUUCUCAAACGUUCAAGCAAAUAUGAUCAUUGAGCCAAGGCUUAGAUAAUAAAUUCAGUCUGUGGAUUGAAUAUUUCUCUGUAAUUUGAACCGAUUUGACUGAAAAAAACCCCCUAUUAAAUUCAAUGGGGUUCAUAUUUAAAAUGUACUCAAGCACUUUUAAUUCAAAAGUAUUUAGAUUUAUCCGUUUGUGUUGUAUUCAAAGACUACUGUCUCUAACAUUUCUAAUUGUAUGGUUAACAAAUAAAAGUGUUAAACAA